CGACCUCCGAAGACGAGGACGAGCAGGGAGACAACGAUGCCGCGGGAGUGAAAGGGGACGGUCUCGACGUCCUGAACGCGCAGGAUGUAUCGUACUCAAUUAGGCGCCUCAUACGGGGUCUGGCGAGUCCGCGCGAGAGCAGUCGGCUUGGAUUUGCAGUCGCUUUGACAGAGCUGCUGUCCCGCAUCAGCACUGUGACAUGCUCGCAAAUCGUUUCCCUGAUCCUCGAUUCUGCCAAGACGCAGGGAUCCAUGACCGGUCAAGAAGAACGCGACGUCCUCUUCGCUCGCCUCUUCGGACUCACGGCUGUCAUCCAGUCUGGCUUGCUUGUUAGGAAUACACCUGUGCCUACCUCUGCGUCAUCUCAGCCUGCUGCAUCAGAUUUGGCGAAUUUUCAGGAGGUACUUUCUCAACUGCUCUCUUUGGGCGAGAAGAAGUCUUGGAUUCGUGAGAGCGCUUGGUGGACCAUUGGACUUGCAAUCGAUGCUCUCGGACAAUCCGGCGUUCCAUGGAAACAUGAUGCUUUCGACGCAACUAUUAAAACCACCUUUGCCGAGAACAAAGCCUGGUCUCCCGAGAAAAUCGCGUUGGCCCUCAAGCUGCAGAAGUGCUGUCCGGACCGAGAGUGGGCGAAGCUGUUGGGUUCUUCCUUCAAAAAGCCACGCGUCGUGCAUACCAGCAAUUACAAUACACUUGCGCGCAUUCUUAAGGAUCUGCAAGCCGACGAAGACGAUGAUGCGGACGUCUCCAAGGUCAAAGCAAGUACUUGGAAACCGCAAGUUCAUUAUGUCUGGGACAUGCUCCUUGACGAAGUCCUAUUGUCGGAUAUCGUCCAAUCCUCUGAGAAAUCCUUCCCAGAGUUUUUCCGUAUACUCGUGGAUGAAUCUCUGUUCUCCGCAGCUUCUUCGCCUGAACGGAAAUACUGGGGUUUCCAAUUAUUCCAAAAAGCACUGCCUCGAAUUGCUCCCGCCGAUCUGCAGAUGUUGUUCACAAAGAAUUUCAUGCGUUCAUGGAUAAACCACCUCUCGAACAGCGACCGAUAUCUGCACAAGAUUGCAAAGCAAGUGGCUAGCGACAUUCAGAAUGUCGUGAAGAGCAACCCAACGGUCGGUUUCGCCCUCAUUCUCCAGCUUACGGGCGUGCACGGGAACCAUCAGUUCGACAAACUCACGAAAACGAAAACGGUCGAGACGAUCCUCGCGAACAUGAGUCACGACGGAAUCCAGAGCUAUAUCGAGUACCUGCUGAAACAGGUCAACGACGAGCAGGGAAGCCAAGCGACAGAAGUGCUGGCUCUGAACGCCCGGCGUGCAUGGAUCGUCGACCAGCUUGCGGCACUGGUCAGGAACGGCGCCAUCCCCAAGGACGAUCAGUGGGUCCAGACGAUUCUCGACUGGCUUGCUGUCCACGGUCUCUUCGCCAUCAAGAAAAAGUCCGAAAACUCAAAGUUUGUCGCGCUUUGGGAGCUGCCCAGCCCUGUCUUCUCGGACAGUCUGCGUAAGGCUUGCAGAGAGCGCCUGCUCAGCUCCUUGGCUGACCUCACUACGCACACCACGGUGAUCAAAACAGAUGAUAAGACUGCGAAGAUCGCGGCGUCUGCGUCGGACGGGCUGUUCUGGAUCUCAAGAGUUCUCACGACGAUAGGAGAAUUGGAAAAGGACACCAAGCACGUCACUGCGCUCUCCGAAAUUGAUGAGGAAGAGUUGGCCCUGCGGCAAAAGGCCCGCGAGCUCACUGAGCGUCUUCGUGAGGUGUCGGAUGAGAAAGACGACUCGUCCAAGGGCGCAGAGCUGUUACUUUCCGCGGCCCUGCUGCACCAGUACUGUCUUGAUGAUGCGGAAGACAGCGACACGGAAGCAUUAGAGAGCUGCGUCGACGGCGUGUCCCGGAUGUUUCCUGUGGAGAGCAAGAAGCCGAAGAAGUCGCGCAAGCCCACGUCCGGCGCCACGCAGGACGGAGAUGCUGAUGCACCCGAGCCGGUGGACGUGCUCGUGGACACCGUCAUCGGCUUCCUGGAGAAGGCGACGGCGUACAUGCGGGCCGUGGCCAACCAGGUGUUCUCGCUUCUCACCGGAGCCGUCACAGAGAGCACGAUCGACCUCAUACUUGCGCAAUUGGAGCGCAGAGAUCCGGCAGAGCUCGCAGAAGAUGACGGAACCGAGGAGAUAAGCGGAGGGGACGGCGAAGGCGAGGAAGACGAGGAAGACGAGGAAGACGUGUCGUCCUCUGGUGCGGACGAUGACGUUGGUGAAGACGACGAAGACCUCGACGCGGCCGCCGAUCCCGAGCUCCGGCGCAAAAUUGAGGAAGCCCUCCACGUGAACGGCGUGCAGGGUGCGGCGGGCGAGUCAGACAGCGGGUCUGAGGAGGAGCUCAUGGAUGACGAGCAGAUGAUGGCGAUCGACGAGCAGCUCGCGGCCGUGUUCCGUGCGCGUAUGGGUGAGAGGAAGCUCGCGAAGGGUGUUGACGCGCAGCGCGAGGCGACGCACUACAAGAACCGAGUGCUUGACCUCCUCGACACGUUCAUCCGCCGCCAGCCCGCCAGCCCGCUGGUCAUCAGGCUCAUCUUGCCCCUUACCGAGCUUAUCGUCAGUUCUGGUGCCGACGAGAAACAGCUCGCGGAGAAGGCGACGGGCAUCUUGCGCUCGAGGAUCGGAAAGAGCAAGGACGUGCUCACUGAGGUGGACGUCGAACAGGCAGCCGAGGUCCUCAAGGAGAUCCACCUCCGCGCGCGCAAAGCCGCCACCGGCGACGUCCUGGCAACACUUGGUCAGUGCUCGCUCUACGUCAUUAAGUGCCUGCUGCACGCCAAGGCCAGCGGAGCUGUCCUCGACGCCUACCGCGAGUCGCUCGCCGACUUUGCUACGCGCAAGACCUCGCGCCUCAACACGGCCUUCCUGCAGGGCUUCGUCCGCCGCCACGCCGACGCGGCCUGGAGCCUGCGUGACGACAUACUCGCGGCCGCCAAGGAUGCCGUGAACGGCUACCGCCAGCUGCAGGUCUUCCAACUCGUGCAGACGCUCUUCGCGCAGCGCCCGGCGGCGGACGUCGACGCCGUAGAGGCCCUCGCGUUCACGCGUGCGCUCCGUGAGGCGAUGCUCAUGGCCUUGCGCGGCGCAUGUGCAAGCGGCAGCGAACGGCUCACGCCGCCGCAGGUGAAGGAGCUCCUCAGGCUCGUGCUCGCCGGUGUCCGGUACACGCGCCGGGUCGCCUCGUCCGCCGAGGCCGUCAGGGCCACCUGGGACGCCGCCGCGUGGGAGACCCUCGCGGGCGAGCUCGCUACGUCUGCACGACUCAAGGCGUCGACAGGCCUCCAGGCGACGUGCCGCCAGGUCGUGCAGCUGAUCGAAAAGGACGAUGGCGUCGGCGGUGUGGCGAAGGUGAAGGCGAAGAAGAGAAAGGCAGACGCGAUGGAUGCGGACGACGAUGCAGGCAACGCACAGAGGAGCGACGAGGUGGAGGAGACGGGCGCAGAAGAGGCCAAGGAUGCUGAGAUGGAGGACGAUGAGGCGGAAGAGAAAGUGAAGAAGCCGAAGCGGAAGAAACAGAAAGCGAGCAAGUCGUCUGCGUAAUGACUCGUCGCAUCUUCCUUGCUAGC